AUGUCAAUAUCAGCGACCAGCAAGAAACAUCUGUGCACAAUUGAGAAGCGAGGUCGUUGCAAGUCUAUAAAGGUUCAGUUGGACGGAAAGUCGGGCGAAAGUCGUCCACCGUGUAUAAAUAAUAGCGGAGCAGCAUUCGUUUGGAUUCAGUGCAUCUUGAUCUACCGACACAGUGAAGAACUAUAGCUUGAGAAAAGUGUCAUCGCGUUGAUAUGCUUCUCCAUGGUCCUCGCCUGUUCCGCCACUCGAAAAGAGGACUUGGAGCGAGCCGCGGAGCUAGCAGUGGAAAAGGUAGCAGAGAGGGUAGCAGAGAGAGCAGUGGAGAAGGCUUUGGAGAGUGGAAACACGACGACGGAAUCGAAAACAGUUCGAGAAUCCUACUCGAGCGUCAGAAAAGUACCUCAUCGCGAGGAUCCCACCUACGACGGUCGUUUGUCGUCGAUGGAAGACGAGAGUGACCAAGAAGGCGAUCCAGAAAACUGGCCCAGGUACUCGAAGAGAUUUGAAUCCAGGUCGUUCAAAGAUUGGCCGAGAAGAUUCCUCAACACCGGCUGGAGAAGGAUCCCAAGAAGCGAGCUACCCGCAGGAACGAAUCUCUGGCAGAGACGAAAGGUGGUGACCAUCGAGAAAAAGAUACCGGUGCCUGUGACAAUCGAGAACAGAGUACCUUACACUGUCUACAAACACGUCCCGUACGAAGUGAAGGUACCGGUACCUCAACCGUACACGGUCGAGAAGAGGGUACCUUAUCCGGUCCGAGUGUUCGUGAACGUACCGGUCGAGGUACCUGAACCGUACACAGUCGAGAAGAAAGUACCUUACGAGGUGAAGGUGGAUCGGCCGGUACCUUACAAAGUCGAGGUACCGGUACCACAGCCGUACACAGUCGAGAAAAAGAUACCUGUCGAGGUAAAAGUGCUGGUACCUCAACCGUACACCAUCGAUAAAGCAGUUCCCUAUGAGGUGAAGGUACCUAUUAAGGUACCAACGCCGUACGGGGUGGAGAAACGGGUACCUGUACCGGUCAAAGUUUUCGUCAACAAACCGUACCCGGUUGCAGUACCUAAACCGUACCCAGUGGAGGUCGGCAAACCUUAUCCGGUACCUGUUGCGAGGCAGUAUCCUGUCGAGGUUAAGGUACCUGUUGACGCACCGUAUCCGGUACCGAUAGAGAGGCCUGUACCUGUGGCUGUAAAGAUACCUGGACCUGAACCGUAUUCUGUGGAGAAGACGAUCGAAGCGGAGGUGAAAAAACCUUACGCUUUGUCUGUCAAAGCGGAUGUUGACAAACCGUUUCCCCAUUGGAUUCAGGUACCUGUCGCGGAGAAUCUCGAUUGGAACGGAGGUGAAUCUUACGGGAUGGUGGACAGGGGGGAUUCGAGCGAGAAUAAGACGACUGUAGAAGUUGACGAUAAGAGUAAAAAUGGAUGA